GAUUUACUUGAAUGGACACUCACGUGCGGAGUGGCUUUGUGCUUCAGUAGUUAGCCAAGCUCCCGUUGCCACGUCCAUCUCUCUUUCGUAGCACUUCUCGUCAUGUUUAUGCUCCGCAAUUUGAGCAAACUGGUCUUUGGCGACAGCUCUAAGGAAACCAUCGUCGAAAUCUCGCAGGGCCAGCUCUACCUUGUCCGACCGCGAUCUGUCAAGGGCUACUCCGAGCUCAUCUUCAAGGACGCCGCUGCUACCAUCCGCCGCACCGGGCAGGAGUUUCAAUAUCAACUCGUCGUCCAACGCGCAUACGAGGAAGGAGAAGAGGAUCUGUUAGCAGAAGAAGGAGGCGAAGACGCAGGCCUUGACGCUCUUGCUGGUGAUAAGGACGAGAAGACAUUUCUGCUCGACGAGGGUCUUCAGUUCCGCACCGACGUACGCUCAACUGGUGAAAAGAUCUUCGCUUGGCGCGAUCUCAGCGGCGACGUAGACGAUCUCUGGGAAUUUGUUUGCGACGCUUCCGUGAAGCCCGAGACUGCUGCUCUCUUUGAGCGCGUUGCUUUACAGUGUCAGUACGAACGCAAGAACAGACGAAGCCAUCAGCACGCAACCGAGGAGGACCUUGAGGCUCUAGCAUACUACGAAGAACCUAUUCCAGACGCCAGUCCAGUCCCUAGUCCGACCCGUAAAGCUCUCGAAGCGCCACCUACUGCCGAAGAGCUGUUCCCGAAUACUACAAAAGAGAUCAUGACGAGGAAGGAGGCAAACAAGAAAGCCCCGGCAAAGGAGGUCGAGGCCGAGGAGGAGGCAACUGCAGCGCCCCAGUCCGCUGCGCAGCCUAGAGCCCUGGACUUGCUAGCGGAAGAGAAUGCCGAACUUUACCUGUUCGAUUUCCCUACUGGCUCAUUCAAGUUGCAAGAUACCAAUGUGACAGCUACGGUCACUGAGAUUGGGGAUUGGCAAUACUGGCUUCAUAUCGUUGGCGAUGAGCGCGAGUGGCUGGGUCAGCCUAUCGUCGAUGACAUCAACCCGGUCUUCAAUUACGAGUUCAAGUCGUUCAUCUUCAACCACUACCUCGAAGACGGAUCAGCUUACUCUUGGCUGCUAAAGUUCAAAGAUCAAGAGCAGUUGGAAAGUGUCCAAAACGGUGUUAUGCAGGCCCUGUGGGAACAUCUGAACCAAGUCAAAUGGCAGAAGGCUAAAGACACUGACCGAGAGUACGUGCUUGAAGCUUUCCAAGACAUGACCAUGGAGGACGUCCCCGAGGAAGAAGAAGAGGAGGAGGAUGAAGAGGAAGAUUUUGAGGAUGCAAACGACCAGCGCAGUGAGCACUACGACUCGGAUGAGUCCGAAGACGACACUGAGACUGCGCCGAAGGAUGGCGCUGAAAAUUCACAGCUGGCAGUUGGAUACAAGCAUGAUCGUUCUUUCGUCGUCCGAGGCAACAAGAUCGGCGUCUUUAAGCACACCGCGGACAACCAGCUACAAUUCUCGACUACCAUAUCCAAUGUCAUGACUCCCAAGGGCAAGGCUUUCAACCCCAAUAAGGUCAUGCUUCAUCAACAAGAUCAGGAUAUGAUCCUACAGAACCUAGAUAACCCCAACUCGCUGUACCGCAUGGAUCUGGAGACUGGCAAAGUUGUUGACGAGUGGAACAUUCAUGACGACAUUCCGGUGAAGGUCUUCGCCCCUGAGAGUAAAUUUGCUCAAAUGAGUGGAGAACAGACUUUCUUGGGUCUCUCUGGCAAUGCUUUAUACCGUGUAGACCCUCGUUUGAACGGCAACAAGCUCGUCGACGAUCAACUCAAGCAGUAUGCUACAAAGAAUGCUUUCUCUGCAGCUGCCACGACAGAGAAGGGUCAUAUCGCCGUCGCUUCUGAGAAGGGAGAUAUUCGACUGUUUGAUCGUCUCGGCAUCAAUGCCAAGACUCUCAUACCUGCUCUUGGAGACCCCAUCAUCGGCAUGGAUGUCUCGGCAGAUGGUCGAUGGGUGCUCGCCACCACUCGAACAUAUCUCCUUCUCAUCGACGCGCUGCAGAAGGGUGGUAAGAAUGAUGGCAAGCUUGGUUUUGAGAAGUCGUUCGCCAAAGACGACAAGCCACAGCCUCGCCGUCUCGCUCUGACACCAGCACACGUCGCCCAGUUCCAGCACGAGACCAAGGCACCCAUUUCCUUCACUACAGCACAUUUCAACACUGGUCUUGACGAUAAAGAGACAACCAUCAUUACGGCCACUGGCCCUUUCAUCAUCACCUGGAGCAUGAAGAAGGUCCUCGCAAAUCGUAGGGAUCCAUACAAUAUCAAGCGCUACGCAGAAGAGGUCAAGGCCGACAACUUCAAGUUCGGAUCUGAUAAAAACCUUAUUGUUGCCCUUCCUAAUGAGGUCGACAUGGUAGCCCGUCGCGCACUGCAGAAGCCCACGCGAGAGAGUAUUGCCUUCCCUUCACGUGUCGGCCAAUUGUCUACACCGAGACGUGGCAAUCGCAGCAGCUACCUGGGCCGUGAUGACAUUGUGAACAGUCCUUACUAAGGACUGUGGUUGUGGAUUGAAUGGCGGUCGACGAGCCAACUGCGGGUGGUAUUUUUGAACGAUGUUUUGGCGCCGUUAUUUCCUUCACAACACUAUAGCUUCUCCGAGAGGCGUGGACGUUACGUCUCUUCCUUGAUACCUGAUUCCCCUUAGAUCGUCGAAACGAAUGAUGAAUAAAUACAC